AGAUCAUGAAACUAAGAGGGGCAAUUAUAAUUUCCCAGUGGGAACCAGAUGCCACAGUUGUAGCAGCCAGAUCACAGUAGAUUACGAUGCUGUCAGCCCAUUUGCAGUAGGACAUUCUCACUGGAAAAAUCCUUAUGCACAUGGUGGCCCUCAUCUGCCCCUCACCAUCUCCAAAGAUGCUAGCAUUUCUGCAUAUCGGUCUUUUGUGCCACAGAUUGACCUAACAGCUCCUUUAUCCUGCCCAGCUUCACUAUCUAUCACUCCAGUGCCUUCUUACAGCAGCAGCAGCCAAGAAACCCUGAGUCAAGACUACACAGGUAUAAGUUUAUCUAUUCAUGGGGCUGAAAAGUGUGUUCCAGUCUAUCAGAGGAGAAGUGCGGCAAGCCAUUCAGUAUCACAGCGUCCGCCUGUGGUUAGGCAUUCGUCGCUCCCACAAGUCAGAAGGUCAAUAAAAAUGGAAGCCUCAUCUUAUGGAACUGGUAUAUCAGCAGUCACUAAUGGGAAAACAAAAAUCCAUCAGCCAGUUUCUUCAGAAGGAAGAAAGGAUUUGCAAGGUAACCGGUUGGAAACGCAAAUACCAAUCGAUCCAGAUGCGCAGAAGAGAGAUGCGGACUUUUCAGAAAUUCUUAAUGCAAUACAAGAAAUAGCUAAGGAUGUCAACAUUUUUUUUGAUGAGUUAGAAGGAGUAAACAGCCCUUCCAAAGAUGAUGACUCUCUGCUCCACCAUGGUAAUUUGACAAGUACUUCUGAUGAUGCCAGCAGAUUGGAAGCAGCAGGAGAGGGAGAACAUGAUAAAAAUAAAUCCAAUGGGCUGUAUUUUCGAGAUGGCAAAUGUCGGAUUGACUACAUUCUAGUGUAUAGAAAAUCCAACCUACAGACAGAAAAGAGAGAGGUAUUUGAAAGAAAUAUAAGAGCAGAAGGAUUACAAAUGGAGAAAGAGUCAUCUUUAACCAACAGCGACAUCAUCUUUGUGAAGCUUCAUGCCCCAUGGGAAGUCCUAGGCAAAUAUGCAGAAGUAAUGAAUGUAAGAAUGCCUUUCAGGAGAAAAAUCUAUUACCUGCAUCGCAGAUACAAGUUCAUGAACAGGAUCGAGAAACAAAUAAGCAGGUUUCGAGGAUGGUUACCUAGAAAGCCUAUGAAACUGGACAAGGAGACACUGCCAGACCUGGAGGAGAAUGACUGCUACACUGCCCCUUUCAGCCAACAAAGGAUCCACCAUUUCAUCAUACACAACAAAGACACUUUCUUCAAUAAUGCUACAAGAAGUAGAAUUGUGCAUCAUAUUUUACAAAGAGUGAAAUAUGAAGAGGGAAAAAACAAAAUUGGUCUGAAUCGAUUGCUUAGUAAUGGCUCCUAUGAAGCUGCAUUUCCUCUUCACGAGGGAAGUUACAGAAGUAAAAAUUCCAUAAGAACCCAUGGAGCAGAAAACCACAGACAUCUGCUUUAUGAGUGUUGGGCCUCCUGGGGUGUGUGGUAUAAAUACCAGCCAUUGGAUCUUGUACGACGGUAUUUUGGUGAGAAAAUUGGUUUGUACUUCGCCUGGUUAGGCUGGUACACAGGAAUGCUCUUCCCAGCUGCCUUCAUUGGAUUAUUUGUCUUUUUGUAUGGAGUCACAACCUUGAGCCACUGCCAAGUCAGUAAAGAAGUCUGCCAAGCUACAGAUAUCAUAAUGUGUCCUAUAUGUGAUAAAUACUGUCCCUUCAUGAGAUUGUCAGACAGCUGUGUUUAUGCCAAGGUGACUCACCUUUUUGAUAAUGGAGCUACUGUCUUUUUUGCUGUUUUCAUGGCAGUGUGGGCAACUGUUUUCCUGGAGUUUUGGAAAAGGCGACGAGCAGUGAUUGCUUAUGAUUGGGAUUUGAUAGACUGGGAAGAAGAAGAGGAAGAAAUACGUCCCCAGUUUGAAGCCAAGUACUCCAAGAAAGAACGGAUGAACCCCAUAUCUGGAAAGCCAGAGCCUUAUCAAGCAUUUGCAGAUAAAUGCAGCAGACUUAUUGUUUCUGCAUCUGGAAUAUUUUUUAUGAUCUGUGUGGUGAUUGCUGCUGUUUUUGGCAUUGUUAUUUACCGUGUUGUGACUGUCAGCACUUUUGCUGCCUUUAAGUGGGCUUUAAUCAGGAAUAACUCUCAGGUUGCAACUACAGGGACUGCAGUGUGCAUCAACUUUUCCAUCAUCAUGCUACUGAAUGUGCUGUAUGAAAAAGUUGCUCUUUUACUGACAAAUUUAGAGCAGCCUCGUACUGAGUCUGAGUGGGAGAACAGCUUCACUUUGAAAAUGUUUCUUUUCCAGUUUGUCAAUCUGAACAGCUCUACCUUUUAUAUAGCAUUCUUCCUUGGAAGAUUCACAGGACACCCUGGUGCCUACUUGAGGCUGAUAAACAAGUGGAGACUGGAGGAGUGCCACCCCAGUGGAUGCCUUAUUGAUCUCUGUAUGCAAAUGGGUAUUAUAAUGGUGCUAAAGCAGACGUGGAAUAAUUUCAUGGAACUUGGCUACCCAUUAAUUCAGAACUGGUGGACCAGGAGAAAGUUACGACAAGAGCAUGGCUCACACAGAAAAGCAAGCUUCCCACAGUGGGAAAAGGACUACAAUCUUCAGCCUAUGAAUGCUUAUGGACUCUUUGAUGAAUACCUAGAAAUGAUUCUUCAGUUUGGAUUCACAACCAUCUUUGUGGCAGCUUUUCCACUGGCACCACUUCUGGCCUUACUUAACAAUAUUAUUGAAAUCCGGCUUGAUGCAUACAAAUUUGUAACACAAUGGAGGCGACCAUUAGCUUCAAGAGCCAAAGAUAUAGGAAUCUGGUAUGGAAUUCUGGAAGGCAUUGGAAUUCUUUCUGUUAUCACAAACGCAUUUGUUAUAGCUGUGACUUCAGACUUCAUCCCUCGGCUAGUUUAUGCUUACAAAUAUGGACCUUGUGCAGGUCAAGGAGAAGCUGGACAAAAGUGUAUGGUUGGCUAUGUUAAUGCCAGUUUAUCAGUGUUUCUGGUGUCUGACUUUGAAAACCGUUCAGAACCAGCAUCAAACGGAAGUGAAUUCUCCGGCUCACCAUUGAAAUAUUGCAGGUACAGAGACUAUCGAGACCCUCCUCAUGCCCCAGUGCCCUAUGGCUACACACUGCAAUUCUGGCAUGUUUUAGCAGCACGAUUGGCUUUUAUUAUAGUAUUUGAGCACCUUGUCUUUUGCAUAAAGCACCUGAUUUCCUAUUUAAUCCCAGACCUUCCAAAAGAUCUGAGGGAUCGGAUGAGGAGAGAAAAGUACUUGAUUCAGGAAAUGAUGUAUGAGGCUGAGCUGGAACGUCUACAGAAAGAGCGGAAGGAGAGAAAGAAAAAUGGAAAAUCAUAUCACAAUGAGUGGCCGUGAUUGGGUGAUGGACCUGUUUUCUGUUUUACUAUUUCCAGCUUCACAAGAGCACUACCUUCAAGAGAAUGGGAAAAAUAAAUGCAAUUUCAGUGCAUGCCACAGACAUUUUACAUAGCCAAGCAGGUCAGUACACUUCAGAGGAUUUACUGUGAAACUGUUUUGCAGUCCAGUGUAUGAUUGAUAUCCAUAGAUCAUUCUCAACAGAGUGAGCAUGUACUUCAUGGGCAAUUAUACUCAAGUUUUUAAAACCAAGGAAAAAUUGUAUACUGAGACUGUUUUUCAGCCUGUUUGCUACGUUUUUUGCAUUCUGACCCAUGUUGGUUUUACAGAUCUUAGAAUAAUACAUGUAUAUGAAGAACCUGGAUACUUUGACAAAAAAUGCCUAAUUCAACUCCACCACCUACUUUCAAGCCACCAAAUAAUACAACUGAAACCCUGUUUACAAUUCAAUUCUUUUUUAUUUCAGAUCUUUCUGAGGGGGACUUAUGUUAUGUACCACAUAUAUAUAUAAAAUAUAUAUAUAUAUAAUAUAUAGAAAGAUUGUUUAUUUGUAAAUAGCAAAAAGAAAAAAAAAAUCCUAUGGAGAAGAAUGUUGAAUUUUCACACUUAAAACAAAAAACCAUCAUCAGCAUAAAGCCAUGUUUAACGCUUGUAUAAUGUGAUGCAAUAAACUUUAAAAUAAAUUAUGCAUAUGAAAUCUUUGUUGUUGGGCCUUAAUAAGUUAUUUUAUUUUUCCCUACUUUGGGGUGGGAGGUAAAUAGGACAUAAAAGAAGCAAAAAAAUAACCAAGACCUGUCAACCCUUUCUUUUCCUAACUCCAUUGUGUUAUCUUUAGGUUCCUGUUGUGUUUCCAAUAGAAAGGAUUGGUCUCACAGAAAGCUGAGUGAUAUCUGGAAAGUGUGUGUUCUCUUGAUUUGCAUGAAUUUAAUAGAUCAGGGGUCAGCAACCCCUGGCACGCAUGCCGAGCAUGGUACGCAAGGCUAUUUUGCUUAUAACACUAGCGCCAGCCCAGGCUCUAAGCAGCUGCUGCCAGUCACGGAGCCCGGGCUGCUCCCAGCGGGUGGCUGGGAGACUGCAAGCCCUGCUGCAAGCAGAUGGGGCUCCGUGGGCCGGCUGCAGCCGGGAGGCUGCAAACAGCUGCUCCGGGCUCCAGCAUGUCGGCGCUCCAGCACCUUCCAAGGUAGACAUUGUGGUUUUUUCAGCACUCGGGCCAAAAAACUUUGCCUACCCCUGUAAUACAUGCUGAUUAAAGUCUUUUAAGAAGGAAGUCAUGACCUCCUGGUUAAAGGCCUGCUAUCUUUACCCAGGCAAAACUGCCCGACUGUGGUAGACCUAGCAGAGGACAGGACAUUAUCCUGGAGAAAAACUGACCACAAUUAUUUUAUGAUCAAUCCAUUAAUACAAGUACAAGAAAUGCAAGCAAAAGAAAUGGCUAUUCCACUGACCAGAAGUAACCCAUAGGAGCCUACUAGAAAUAAACCAGGUACCCCAUGGGCCCAUGCACAGUCCCAAAUGUGUACCUCUUCAAGGCCAAGGCAUAUGCUCCAGAUCAAUGGACUGGAAACCAUCCCAAAGAAGCAGUUAAGGUUUCUACAAGCUCAUAUUUCUUCUACUCUGAUGGAUUUCUCUACCUGCUGUGACUUAAAUAAGAUUUUUCUAUUAUCCCUUACAAUAUCACUUCUAGCAUCCCAACUACCCCUGAAAAAAUAUAGCCUAUUCUUAGUUUGACUUUCUUGCAAGUAGUCUCCUGAAGUAAUUACAUAAGAACAGGAAUAAACAAGUCCCAGGUUUACACCAUAAAUCAGGUAUCCUAAUACAGAAAUGUCCAGCAUUAAUUCAUGCACUGGCAGUAUCUCAGUGAAAAGGGCAGAUGAAUCAGGGCUGCAAGCACUGCAAGGGCAUUAUUAUUGUUGUACAGCAUUUUUGGUAUAUGUCCUUUAUGUGUAAAGUCUUCAGAUCCAUGUCCUCAGCCUUUUUGCAACUGUUUUGCAUCAUCUGCUUCUGAUCUAGUGGCCUAAACAUUGGGUCCAUGGAGAUUAUUUGACUGAAACCCUAGCUUUGUGUCAUGUUUAGACUUAAAUGCAUUAAGCCACAAGAUUAUCGGCUUCAGGUGGGGAUCAUCAACCCAUUGCCCAUGGGCCAGAUCCAGCUCAGGGACACGGAGCUUCUGCUGCGUUCAGCAGUGUGGAGCUCUAAGAGCAGUUGCUUCCCAUGCUGUGGCAGGGAAAAGCAGCAGUGGUGGGUGCCUUCCCCAUGUUACUGCUGGGAAAAGCAGUGAUAUAGGCUUGAUUCUGGCUUAGGAUGCUUAAAUAAAGUAUUUAAAGCCACAAAAUUGAAAGAAAAAACUGUGACACUGUACC